AUGCUGAGGAUGAUAAAAUUUAAUGAAGCAUCUGGUAAAGGUAAGCCUGCUAAAAUUGGAAAUGAGGAGCGAUCGGUGGUUCUGGGAGUUUUAAAUAUCAGAUCUAUAAUAACAAAAUUCAGCUCUAUUUAUGGUUUGAUUCACGAAGGCCUAGACAUCUUUGUUUUGACGGAGAGCUGGCAUGGUUCGGCAGAUAAUAUUUCCAUUGGGUUAUCAAUGCCACCUGGCUAUCAGUUUGUAGACCGUUUAAGAUCGCACGACCCACAUCAUGGAGGUUUAAUCAUUUUUUUCCGAUCAAUUUUUAGAUAUAAAAAGAUCACUCUGCCACUGGCUACUGCUUUCGAGGUUCUGGUGGUGAAACUUAAAAUUAAUGAAUUAGAUUAUAUCCUACUGGCAAUUUACAGACCUGGAUCUGAACAAUUAACGACAUCAUUUUUUGAUGAACUGAUUUCGGUCUUAGAAUGUGUUACAAUCAUUAGUUCCCGUAUUUUGUUAGCGGGAGAUUUUAACAUUCACAUGGAGAAGUCGAACAAUCCAAACGUUGUUAAUUUACGUGAAAUAUUUGAAAUGUUUCAGUUGAUCAACCACAUAGAUGAACCAUCGCAUAUUCUAGGAGGAACGCUCGAUCUGAUUGUGACGUCACACAAUAUAGCUGUCAGUGAAGCAAAGGUUUAUCCUAGUGGAAUCUAUUCUGAUCAUGGUUUGGUACAGGUCCUGGAUAAAGAAGAUCGGUUGAAGAAUCUUGUUGCACCCAUUGAAAGUUACAUCAAGUCCGCCGAAGUACUCCUUACAUGGGAGUUUCCCUUUGCCUCUGCUUUGUUCACCAAUGCCAUCUUUGUGUUGCUCAUUUGGAUACAAGUGCAGACGAGAAAUGAAGGUGAAUUUGAUCUCAUUUCAACUGUUGCCUGGUUGGUUGUCACCUUUGAGACAAUUUGGUCAAAUGGCAUGCAAUUAAGAAAAGAUGACAGAGAUAAGUUUUUAUUAAUUGAUGAGUUACUAUCAAAUAAUUUUUCAACAAUCAUCACAGUAACAUUUGUGUUGUUGUGGCCUGUUGUGAAGUACAACAAGUUGGCUGCAUCUGUCAUCUCAUUUUUUGCUGUUUUAGAGAGAUUCUUGAAUAUUAAGAGAACUGUGAAUCCAAGAAAAGUAAGGAGACAGUUGAGAAAGCAAAUGGUAAAAGAGAAUAUUUAUGUUAGAAACAUGGAUGAGAUUGCAGAAGACCAUGGUGAUGAUUCAGAUGCGGAAUUGCGAGAGUUCAUACCCCCUGAGGAAUCUUUCCCACCUUUAAUGGAAGGAAGUAAAUAUGAUGAAAAUAUUGAUGAACAAGUGUAUGAAGAUGAAGAUAGCGAUGCUCAAGAAUUUCUACCUGAUGAAUCUAUUCUUUCUGACUCAAGAGAUGCCACUGAUGACGAAUACCUUCCUAAUGAACCUAGCUCUCUUUUCGCGGAUGAAAAAUUUGGCAGCUCAGAGCAUCCCUUGUCUGGUGAUAUGUCUGGUAAUAAAAUCAACACCAGUGACAUUAAUAAAGGAGCUGUUGCUAACACUGGAAAAGCAGCGAAAAAAGAAAAUGAUAAAGAUGCGAAUGAUGGCUUUUCUGAUGGUUUGACAUUUGAAAAUGUAGACAAAUAUGAUUAUGUUGGUGAUAUUAAACAAAAUGCUACUAGCAGGCUUGGUAGUUUCCUAAAUCAAGCAACCAACAUGGGUAAAACACUUGCUGGGUUUAGUCUGCUGAAAUAUACUUUAGGAUCCGUCAUUGGAUCAUCAACAACUGCAGAAUCAGUUAACCCUGCAAAAAAUAAUAGAGAAUCUCCAGUUGAAGAUGACCAGUUUGAUCUUAGUGGGGUAGAGUUAGAGGCUUUUGCUAUACCUGACAAUUAA